GGGUUCCCACGGCUUGGCCUAUCUCCACAAAGGUACAAAAUACACAAGAGUGGGACUGUAGAGUAACUGAAAAGUGGGACACUGUGGCUGUUGAAGAGGUGGCUGUGGACUUCUCCUAGGAAGAAUGAAGACCUUGCUGGAUCUUUCUUAGAGGAAACUAUAGACAUGUGAUGAUGGAAACUUUUAGAAACCUGGCCUCAGUAGAAUGAAGAUUUGCCACAGAGAAAUAUGGUCCAGCCUAGGGAGCUAGAAAUCUGUUACUACUGUCUUGCACAUUGAAGCAUCACAAGGAUUUCAACUUCUGACUGGGUUAUGAACCAAAUCCAUUCACCUGACUCCAAACAGGCCUGCAGAGGGUGCAUCGCCAGCAGCUUAGACGAAGGAGGAAGAAGUGGCUGGUAUUAUUAUUUUUGGGAUGUCCUCAUGAGAGACUGAAAUUUAUGAGCAUCAUUAGAGCUGAUCCAGACAAGACAAACAUAGAGCAUCCCAGUUGCCGGCAGUGUCCUAAGGACCAAAGAAAAUGACCAAGGCUCAGGAAUCACUGACCUUCAACGAUGUGGCUGUAAAGUUCACCCGGGAGGAAUGGCAGCUCCUGAACCCCGCUCAGAAGACCCUAUAUCAGGAUGUGAUGUUGGAGAACUAUCGCAACCUGAUUUCCAUCGGAACACUUGAAUGGUGUAGGAACAUUUUAUGGAUGCCUCCCCUUCAUGUCAGAGAAGGCUGAGUUGGGACAAGCAACUGCACGGUGAAUUUCCCCAGGAAAGCACAGAACUGCGUGUGGAGAUUUUCAAGGACCUGCAGUCAGGGAAGAUGUUGCUGCGAUGGAAUCUUCCAGUGCUUUUCAUGUGGAAAGACAACAUGACACAACAGCCUUUGUGACAUGAGAGCUCAUAAUGCAUCCUUUCUCAUCCCUUCUACGAGAGUGGACUGCUGAGUUAUGAAGUCUUUCAGACCCAGUGUGAUAGCAUCCUUCUGGCACUCGCUGCUUUAUCUCCUUCUAGUUAUUUGAAUUGGACUUUUAAUAUCCUACCAGCUGCUCUUCAGACACACAUGGUGCAUUGCUGCCAUUCCCCAGAUUGCAUCUUUGAAACACAGGCGCUUAGUAGCUUUCGGCAAACAAAGGGACAACCUCCAGGAUCAGUUUACAAGGAGGAAGUCUUCUUGAUUGCCCUCUAGCUUUUGUUGGAUCUGGAUUUGAAUUCCACCAUGGAGCCUCGCAUGGAGUCUUACUUGGCACAGGUGUUGCAGAAGGAUGUUGGAAAGCGACUGCAGGUUGGCCAAGAACUUAUAGAUUAUUUCUCAGACAAACAGAAGUCGGCUGACCUUGAGCAUGACCAGACUAUGUUAGAUAAACUUGUGGAUGGACUGGCUUCCUCUUGGGUGAACUCUAGCAACUACAAGGUAGUUCUUCUGGGAAUGGACAUCCUCUCCACGCUGGUGACUCGGCUGCAGGAUCGAUUCAAGGCACAGAUUGGCACAGUGCUGCCAAGUUUAAUAGACAGACUGGGAGAUGCUAAAGACUCUGUGCGGGAGCAAGACCAAACCCUGCUGCUACGGAUCAUGGACCAGUCUGCGAAUCCUCAGUAUGUGUGGGACAGGAUGCUCGGCGGCUUCAAGCACAAGAAUUUCCGAACUCGAGAAGGCACCUGCCUCUGCCUUAUCGCAACACUGAACGCCUCGGGAGCCCAUACUUUAACACUAAGCAAGAUUGUGCCACACAUAUGCAAUUUACUUGGCGAUCCAAACAGUCAGGUUCGAGAUGCAGCAAUAAACAGCCUAGUGGAAAUUUACAGACAUGUAGGAGAGCGCGUGAGGGCAGAUCUCAGCAAGAAAGGAUUGCCACAGUCCCGGCUGAAUGUAAUUUUUACAAAAUUUGAUGAAGUCCAAAAAUCCGGAAAUAUGAUACAAUCUGCAAGUGAUAAGAAUUUUGAUGAUGAAGAUUCUGUGGAUGGUAACAGGCCUUCUUCUGCCAGUUCUACAUCUUCCAAGGCCCCUCCAAGUGCACGGAGAAACAUUGCAAUGGGAACCACUCGCCGGCUUGGUUCCUCGACCCUUGGGUCCAAGUCUUCAGCUACAAAAGAAGGAGCUGGUGCUGUCGAUGAAGAGGAUUUUAUUAAAGCAUUUGAUGAUGUACCUGUAGUACAGAUUUAUUCCAAUCGAGACCUUGAGGAAUCCAUAAACAAAAUUAGGGAAAUAUUAUCUGAUGACAAGCAUGAUUGGGAGCAAAGAGUAAAUGCUCUAAAAAAGAUUCGAUCUUUACUUUUGGCUGGUGCUGCUGAAUAUGAUAACUUCUUUCAACAUUUGCGUCUCUUGGACGGAGCCUUUAAACUAUCUGCUAAGGAUCUGCGGUCUCAGGUAGUGCGGGAAGCUUGUAUCACGUUGGGGCAUCUGUCAUCAGUUCUGGGGAACAAGUUUGACCAUGGAGCUGAAGCCAUUAUGCCAACUAUCUUUAAUUUAAUUCCAAACAGUGCCAAAAUCAUGGCCACAUCUGGUGUUGUAGCUGUUAGGUUAAUCAUUCGUCACACACACAUCCCUAGGCUAAUACCUGUCAUAACAAGCAACUGUACCUCUAAGUCUGUCGCAGUUAGAAGGCGCUGCUUUGAAUUUUUAGAUUUACUUUUACAAGAAUGGCAGACACAUUCACUGGAACGACACAUAUCAGUAUUAGCUGAAACGAUAAAGAAAGGAAUUCAUGAUGCCGAUUCUGAAGCAAGGAUAGAAGCCAGAAAAUGUUACUGGGGCUUCCACAGUCACUUCAGCAAAGAAGCUGAGCACUUGUACCAAAACUUGGAAUCCUCCUACCAGAAAGCCCUGCAGUCCCAUUUGAAGAAUUCGGACAGCAUCGUGUCACUGCCCCAGUCAGAUCGUUCAUCUUCCAGCUCUCAGGAGAGCCUGAACCGGCCCCUCACUGCGAAAAGAAGUCCUACUGGAAGUACGGCAUCGAAAGCGUCUGCAGUUAGUACCAAAUCUGCGUCGACAGCCGGACCCCUCCAGCGGUCUCGAAGCGAGAUUGACGUGAACGCAGCUGCCAGUGCCAAGUCCAGAGUCUCCUCGUCUGCAGGUGCCGUGCCCUUCAGCUCUGCCGCAGCUCUGCCUCCAGGGUCGUACGCAUCCUUAGAGUCCAGGCAUGUGAGGGAAGACCUGGAGUACAUAGGCCUUGACUCAGGUCGGAUCCGCACGAGACGGCAAAGCUCUGGGAGCACCACCAGUGCUGCCUCUACGCCUUCUGAUAAUCGAGGCCGAAGUCGAGCUAAAGUCGUUUCUCAGUCCCAGCGAUCCAGAUCUGCCAAUCCUGCUGGUGCUGGUAGCCGGUCAAGCUCCCCAGGAAAACUGCUGGGCAGUGGUUACGGUGGACUUUCUGGAGGGUCCUCCAGAGGCCCACCUGUGACCCCCUCUUCAGAAAAACGAAGCAAGAUUCCCAGGAGUCAGGGAUGUAGCCGAGAAACAAGUCCAAGCCGAAUGGGAUUAGCACGGAGCAGCCGUAUCCCUCGACCCAGCAUGAGUCAGGGGUGCAGCCGCGAUACCAGCCGUGAGAGCAGCCGAGAUACGAGCCCUGCUCGGGGCUUCCCUCCACUUGCCUCUCGACGUCAUUCCAGGUCCACUAGUGCUCUCUCCUCUGCUGAAUCUGUGGGGCAGUCAGACCGAUUUGGGCUUGGUCAGCCAGGCAGAGUAUCUGGCUCUGUGAAUGCCAUGAGAGUUUUGAGCACGAGUACAGAUCUUGAAGCCGCAGUUGCUGAUGCUUUGCUGUUAGGAGACUCCAGGAGCAAGAAGAAGCCUGUGAGAAGGAGAUAUGAGCCCUAUGGGAUGUAUUCUGAUGAUGACGCCAAUAGCGAUGCCUCAAGUGUGUGCUCUGAGCGCUCCUACGGCUCCAGGAAUGGUGGCAUUCCACAUUAUCUGCGGCAGACGGAGGAUGUGGCUGAAGUACUCAACCACUGUGCAAGUUCCAAUUGGUCGGAAAGGAAAGAAGGGCUUCUAGGCCUGCAAAACCUACUGAAGAGCCAAAGAACACUGAGUCGAGUAGAACUGAAAAGAUUGUGUGAGAUCUUCACCCGAAUGUUUGCUGACCCACAUAGCAAGAGAGUUUUUAGUAUGUUUCUGGAGACUCUGGUGGAUUUCAUAAUAAUUCACAAGGACGACUUGCAAGAUUGGCUUUUUGUUCUUCUCACACAAUUACUCAAGAAAAUGGGUGCAGAUUUACUUGGGUCUGUGCAAGCAAAAGUUCAGAAGGCUCUAGAUAUAACAAGGGAUUCCUUUCCAUUUGAUCAACAAUUUAACAUCUUGAUGAGAUUUAUUGUGGAUCAAACUCAAACUCCAAAUCUCAAGGUCAAAGUUGCAAUCCUAAAAUAUAUUGAAUCUCUGGCCAGGCAGAUGGAUCCAACAGAUUUCAUAAACUCCAGUGAGACAAGGCUUGCUGUUUCUAGAAUCAUAACCUGGACAACAGAACCAAAGAGUUCAGACGUGAGAAAGGCAGCACAGAUUGUGCUAAUCUCUCUGUUUGAAUUGAACACUCCUGAAUUUACCAUGUUACUUGGUGCCUUGCCAAAAACGUUCCAGGAUGGUGCCACCAAACUGCUGCAUAACCACCUCAAGAAUUCUAGUAACACCAGUGUGGGCUCUCCAAGCAAUACAAUUGGCCGGACACCCUCCAGGCACACCAGCAGCCGGACCAGUCCCCUGACCUCACCCACCAACUGUUCCCAUGGUGGUCUGUCUCCCAGUCGGUUAUGGGGCUGGAGUGCCGACGGGUUAUCGAAGCACCCACCUCCCUUUUCUCAGCCUAACUCAAUCCCCACCGCUCCCUCCCACAAGACUCUCAGACGCUCUUACUCGCCCAGCAUGCUGGACUAUGACACAGAGAACCUGAACUCUGAAGAAAUCUACAGUUCUUUACGUGGAGUUACAGAAGCCAUUGAAAAAUUUAGUUUCAGAAGCCAAGAAGAUUUGAAUGAGCCAGUUAAACGAGAUGGAAAAAAAGACUGUGAUAUUGUUUCACGAGAGGGGGGAGUUUCUUCCCCAGCCACUGAAGGCCGAGGAGGCAGUGAGGUAGUGGAGGGCAGCCGGACUGCACUGGACAACAAGACCUCCCUCCUCAACACCCAGCCUCCCAGGGCCUUCCCUGGACCGCGAGUGCGAGAGUACAAUCCCUACCCUUACUCGGACACCAUCAACACCUACGACAAGACAGCCCUGAAGGAGGCCGUGUUUGACGACGACAUGGAGCAGUUGCGAGAUGUACCCAUUGACCAUUCUGACCUGGUGGCAGACCUUCUGAAAGAGCUGUCCAACCACAACGAGCGCGUGGAGGAGCGUAAAGGAGCGCUGCUGGAACUGCUGAAGAUCACCCGGGAGGACAACCUCGGCGUCUGGGAAGAGCAUUUCAAGACCAUCCUGCUCCUGCUCCUGGAGACCCUUGGAGACAAGGAUCAUUCAAUCCGCGCACUAGCAUUGAGAGUCUUAAGGGAAAUCCUAAGAAACCAGCCAGCAAGAUUCAAAAACUACGCCGAAUUAACGGUCAUGAAAACCCUGGAAGCUCAUAAAGACUCGCAUAAAGAGGUGGUGCGAGCUGCCGAGGAGGCUGCGUCCACGCUGGCCAGCUCCAUCCACCCAGAACAGUGCGUCAAAGUGCUCUGCCCGAUCGUCCAGACAGCUGACUACCCCAUCAACCUCGCCGCCAUCAAGAUGCAGACCAAAGUCGUUGAGAGGCUUGCCAAGGAGUCCCUGCUGCAGCUGCUCCCCGACAUCAUCCCAGGCCUGCUGCAGGGUUAUGACAACACCGAAAGUAGUGUGCGGAAGGCCAGCGUGUUUUGCUUAGUGGCCAUCUAUUCCGUAAUCGGAGAAGACCUGAAACCUCACCUCGCACAGCUCACGGGGAGCAAGAUGAAGCUGUUAAACUUGUACAUAAAGAGGGCUCAGACCACGAACAGCAACAGCAGCAGCUCCUCCGACAUCUCCACACACAGCUAAUGGCAGCCCCGGCCUCGGUGUCGACCUAGAAACAAUCGGUGGUGCCUCUCCAAGACCUCUGCUCACUCCCUUCCAUCGACUGCCGGUCAUUGCAAGGAGGCCCGCAAUUAUUUAUUACAAUCAGUAUUUUUGGUCCCUUCCAGCUUUUGUGUAGAAUCUUACUGGUACUGAAUGUAAAGGAAGAAAGGCCUGUAUUGUGUGUUCAUUACAGAAACAAAAGGAGUAAGAAAAGAAAAGAGCCAUACGUGGAUACGUCGUCUUGUGCAGCCUGCGGAGAUCAUGAUACAGCGGAUGGGGUGCGGCUUUUCAAAAUCAGCCUCGCGCAAACAUCUUCUCUUCAGACAUUAAUAGAUGGGGGCUGUUAAUGUAGGUUUAUCUUUCUUCAUGCCUCUCUUCUGUAUGUGAGGACGGCUCGUGGAGCAGAGACCCACCCUUUGGCACCUCCAUGGCAGCAUUGCCUGUCUUUUAAGUUGGAUUUUGACAACAGUUAUGAAUGUUAAAUCUUGGCAAGAAGUGGAGUAGACGGUAAAGAGGGCCUUUUAAGGAAUACUGGAGAUUUUGCUUUUAUCUCUAGAUUGAGAACAAACUACUGUAACUUUCAGCACUGAAUUCGAGGGGGUGCGCUCCACAGUCUUCUUCCCGGUCACAUUCCCCAUCCUCUCUGCGUGGCCUCUGCUGAGGACAUCCACUGAAAAUAUUUUUAGAAUUUAAAUUCAAACACACAAAUCAAGGUAAAUUAUAGCAUGAGUUACUGGACCCCUAAAUUGGUAUUUCACAAAGUGCAUAAGAUGUAAGAAGAGUUUUUUGUCUUACUGCUAAGAAACGAGCAGUGAUUUUCCAGUGUCCCGCUGGUCUUUGAAGGGACCUCGGUGACUAGGAUUGAAUGCCAUCUUUCUCCUCUCUCUCUAGCAUUGUCUAAACGCUUCGAUUCUAAAGUGCUCUCAGUUCUUCUGCUGUAAAUGGCAAAUUUAUCAUGUCAGGUUUUGACCUAUUUUAAAUAUAGAAUUAAGAUAAAAGAAAAGUCUAGAGAGAUCAUGUCAGCGUCAUCCUUCUAUUUUAUAUCCUUGAUAAUCUGCUGCAAUAGUCACUGUUUAAGGAAGAAGUAAUUAUGCUGAAUCACAAAAUGGAAAAGUACAGGAUUUGAAACUAAAUUUGAGUCUUGUUUCUUUCUCUUCAGCAAGAAAUCACUAGGCCCCCUUGACCUUGCUUUGUGAGGUUUACAUUGCUUCAAGGAAAGUAAUUGUAGAUAUAGAGUCUGGUUAGAUAACAAUUUUGAGUAAAAUUCUUGGAGCCAAAUGGAAAUUUUUAAUGUACUCAUGAAGAUCUCUAUUGUCUUUUACUAUUCUAUAUGAGAUCCUCUAAAUUGAACUGAUUUUUUUCCUUAAGAAAUGCCUGCUUUGAAAUUCAUUUGUACUGAGAUAUUUGGUGCUCCAGUACAGAGCCCACUACAGUGAGCAGGACUGAGGAGCAGGUCAGGCAUGAGCCGCUGGACCACCUGAUGUAGUUCUUGCCAUCAGUUCCCAUUAGCCACCCGCCCCUCCUUUUCUGACCCUGCAAGAUUUGUUGGAAGCUAUGAAACAGACUGUAGCAACCUAUUUUUGGUUUUUUAAAAUUUUCAAAAUAUGUUAAAACGCUGCUGGGGAAUCUGCUCUGAAGGAUGACUGCCACCAGGUCCCAGGGCAGCCCGGCCUGUGAGGCCGUCUAGGAAGUGCUCCGCUGCUGCUGUCGGGACUUCAAGGGUGCGGUGAUCAGAUAUUACUGACUAGUUUGGGGCUCAAAACUUUGGUUGAUAAAUAUGGCUUGUUUGUGUUUUCUUGAGGAGUUGUGUUUUUUGGUUUGUGUUUUUGUUCUCACACACUACAAAUCCAGGAGCCUUUUUACCUUUUAUUGUAGAAAUGUCCAUUCCAGUGAGGUUAUCCGUGAGUUCCUUUCAUCUGAUGCACCUAGAAAUACCUCUCCCCUGUGUACUCUGACUCCCCAGAAGGUUUCUCUAGGCCCCUAAGAUUCUUGAGCACCGUCUCAUUGCUUCAUCGUGCUCACAAAGGGCUAGCCUGGAAUGUCACUUGCCCAACUUGCAACCUUCUGACCCGAGAGAGAUACAAUCACUUCAGAGGCCUCUUGGCUGAGUUCUAAAAAUUGCUGCCAACUGUGCCGAGGAUCCGCUUGCAUGCCGCUGCCACCUCACAGGAAGGGAGGCCAUGUUCCUGCUGCCUUCUAAAUCCUGACAGCUGCCUUGCCUUUGCUGCCACCUCCUGCAGGGCCCUGUCACACGAAACUACAGAAUCACAACACAGCCAAGCACCCAAAACUGUUUGCCUCUUCUCUUUACCUGAUUGUCGGCAUCUCAGAAGAGCCCACGGUACCCCAGCGCUUGGGGCUGGUUCACCUGACCUCCUGCUUUCCUUCAUCUGAGCAGUUCCCCUUCAGAUCAGGAUGCCGGCCUUGACGGUCCCAUCCCGGCCUGUGUGUGCCCUGUCCCGCGCCACUUUCGGCCACAAGACAACUGUUUUCUAUGGCCAUCACUAGCUUACCAGUACCGUAUGCAGUGACACAGUUGUGUUUUUGUCUCACACAAGGUUUUUUUCUUCCUGUGCUGCCCUUGAUCUUUCAGUCCUACGAGUACACAAUAAAGGGCAGCGAGUAAGAAUUCCUUACAGAAUCCCGUCAGGAAUUUGCUAACAAUAAUGUUUGGAAAUGAAAACAAGAGAUGCUUUGAAAAUUACCCGCCACCAAAUUCGUUCUGUUGGCACCGUGUUCACGCAUGACUCCAUAUCUGAGUUGUUUUUUUUCCUUUUUGGGGGGCCUUUUGAUGUUAUAUCCAUAUCUGUAUUUAUAGCUUAUUUGUUCCACUCUCCAAUGUAUCAUGGCAAAUGUACAGAGUUUGUUUCUUUGUUUAUGUGCUAGAAUUUACUAAAAAUAAAACCAACAACAACAUGAAAACCUUUUGCGUUCGCCCUAGAAUAAAUGCAACAGUUCCGUU